AUGAAUUUCAUUGGUCGUUUGCGUUUACAUUUUCUCCUUGUUCUCUUGAGUAUUUCGGCGGCAAGCGCCUCGGGCUUUGCCUCUUGCACUUCAUCCUCGUUCUCGAGAUCUAUUGGUUAUAUUCUGUAUGGAUUUCUACUGGGGGAGGUCGAAGUCGGUGAUAUCAUGGAAUGUAAGAAAAGAUGCAUCAUCAGCGUUAACUGUGUAUCUGUGAAUAUUCUCGCAAACGCUGAUGGACGGUUUGUGUGCCAGUUGAACAGCGGGCGCAAGGAAGAUGGUGUCAGCGUGCAGUUUGUACAGCACGGAGCUGGAGAAUAUUAUGGUUUGAAGGUAAAGGCCGCACUGUAAAGUAUUUAAAAAGUUUUUUAUCUUUACUGAAAAUUUUAUAAUUUCUAAACCGUUCUCCCUAAAGGUCGAGUAAGCUUAUGUCGUAUUGAUCCACUGUUGCCACAAGAGAAAACCAAAAAAUAAUUCCUCAUUGAUCCAGUUUUAAACCUACAGCUGGAAGCCUAUAAAGAUUCGAUUGAACCAAUCUAUUGUUUAGCUAGCUACGUUAGCAGUCUUAACUAAUUUCCAGUACAUGUUAUUUCAAAUAUUUUUUGUUGAAUGUUACUGCAGAAAGAAACCUUUAUGAAAUAUUCCACCUUUAUUUAACCCCUAAUCUCAUUUGGCCCCUUGUUUCUCAUUACUUUCAGGAAAAGAAACUGUGCAAUAAUUAUGGCAAAACCUGUGACAAUGGUAAACUAAUAUUAUUGUUUUGUUUUGAGGAAAACAGCGCGGUUGGUCGUAAAUUAGGCUUACGGAUUGAAAUGUCUGCAAAAUUGAUAAUUGGCAUUGCAUAGUAUCUCCAUACAUCUCAAUGCUAAACGAAAUUAAUUAAAUAAAUAUAUCUUUCUUCUCUUCUCAAAGUUAGUGGUACGCAUUUCAAUAUGUACAUGAUCGACCAACAGUAUUUCCAACCUUGUUGGAGUGCGGCUGAGAAGCCGCAUUGUUUUUCUGGUCUGUUCAUCUUUUGGAAAAUAUAGCUAAGAAAUGGUGUUUCCUAGUUUGUUCACCUUGGGUAUCCUGGUUUUCCUACCUUCGGGAAACACGGCUAGGACACAUUAGGGCCAUUUAUACGAGACAAAAUAAGACGCGACUUACAUAAGACGCGACUUAAAUAAGACGCGACUUAAAUAAGACGCGAGUUUGUCGUAUAAAAGGCACAAAAUUCUUAUGUAAGACGCGUCUUGGAUAAGACGCGUCUUACAUAAGAACAGGACUUUUAGCUGUUCUUAUUUAAGUCGCGUCUUAAAUAAGAUAUUUUAGACAAAAAUUCUAACUACACAUGUCCGAAACUUGAAACAACGUAAAAUUAUUAGUCUUGCAUAUUAAAACAAAAACAACCGAAACAACAUUAUAGCUAUCGCAAGUAAAUAAGGCUGCGUCCAGACUGGGUGCCCGGCACUGGUGCCCGGCACUUGUUUUGGCUCCCAGUUUGAACACGACGCUUUCAAAUGAAAUUGGGCACAGUGCCCAAGAACGGGCACUACCUCUAGAGGUAGUACUCAACAACGGCACUGUGCUCAACAUGUUUUGUGAACCAUUUUGAACAUUGGGCACCAGUGCCGGGCACUCAGUCUGAACGAGCCCUAAGAAUAAAGCCGUAGAGAACCAUUUAUGCGAUAACUCCACUUAUUUAAGUCGCGUCUUAUGUAAGUCGCGUCUUAUUUUGUCUCGUAUAAAUGGCCCUAUUGUCUCAAUGGUCCAAUGGUCAUUGUGUACCUUUAGGAAACAUGGCUGGAAACAAUGUUUCCUGGUGUGCCUAUACCUUUGGGAAAUUCGGCCAGGACUGCAGGACACAAUAUGUCCUGGUUUACCCAACUUUGGAAAGUAUGGCUUGUUUCCGGCGUGGUUUGCUAAUUACCUUGAGCAAACAUGGACACACAUUUCCUGGUUUGCCCUCCACCAGGAAACAUUCCUACAGGAAACAAUGCACGUAUCCUGGUUUUAUACCCAUCUUUAGCACACAUGGCUAGGAAACAAUGUCGACUUGCUUGGCCACCGUUAGGAACCAAUGUUUACUGUUUUGCCCAGCUUGAUUUAUCGGCGGGAUAGUAAUUUUUUCAACCAUUGUUAAGAUGCUCGUAAUGCCAUCAAACUACGGAUAUGGACAGUUAAUAAAAAGAUCUUCAAAAACUCAUUAAUAAUUCAUGAGGAAAAUACAAAGAAAAAUCAUAAGCGUGUCGCAUCUUUAAGUCUGGUUCACACUGGUCGUAAUUCAUCGGCGAUCUAUUGUAUUCUUUUCCGACAGACAAAGCAUUUUACACACCAAUGACCCCAGACAAUGGAAAUCCUCGAUUCUUACGACCAGUGUGAACCAGGCAUAAUAUGUGAUAGAGAUUUCCCUUGAUUUACAUAAAUUUUAACUUUGAUUUUCUCGACUACCACAACGUAUUUUUUGAAAAUUACUUCGCCAAUGAACUUACUAGAUCGAUUGUUUUUGAAGCAAUUUAAAAUACACUCGCAGUACGUGUUUUAUCAAACCUAAAGAUAGUCGGCUUCGCCUCGUAUCUUUAUAUCUGAUAAAUCACUGCUGCUCAUGUUUUAAAAAAUAGUACUUAUAUAGUGUUGUUGUUUUUCUUCCCACAGCAAGCCCGUGGUAUGCCUUCAAUCAAACCUACUUCCAGUAUGUGAGAACUGGACUCUUGCAUUCUGAGGCAAAAGAAUAUUGUAAGGAACAAAAUGGCGGUCUUGUUUCCAUCUCGAGUGAAGAAGAACAAACCUUUUUGCAUAAAACGUUAAUUGAUCCUGACACUGCAGGUCAGUAUAUUGAACGUCGAGAAAUUAAGUCGAAGACUAGGAAAGAAAGAUUUGAAAACAGAUUAUAA